UGCCAUUGGAGAAGGUGAAGUGUAUCCACUCCAGCUUUGCCUCUUCUGAACCUGGUAAAGGCAAUCCACCAUUACUGUGGGGUUGGUGAGCUUUGAUUUUGAAGAGUUCGACGAAUUGUUUAGUCACAACAAGCCAAAACGGAAAGUGUUGUCUAAAAAGUGAAGGUGGUCCCUCCAUUUCUUAUUCCAAUUUCUGCAAAUUUACAAAAAAACAAAACUAUAAGACUACCAUUUUCUCGUUCUCUCUCUCUCUCCAUUUUCUCACUACUGUUUCUGUGGUUUCGAAGACCACCAUGAUGAGCCGCUACAUCUCCAAAGUCACCAGCUCUGCUCUCCGCUUCAGAAAGUUUACUUCCUUAUCGGUGGGGGUUGGAAAUGGGUCAAAUUCUGUCUCCAAAAGUGUUGAGGAUGAAGGUUUGUGUAGUAGUAGUAGUGGCUGUAGUCAGAUGAGUUGGAUAAAGAGGUAUGGGACUUGUAUUGCUAAACUGCCAGAAGAUGUUACCAAGGAUGAUAAUCCUGUUUCUCAAAUGUUAGUUGACUCAUUUGGGAGGCUGCAUACUUACCUGAGGAUCUCAUUAACAGAACGUUGUAAUUUGAGAUGUCAAUACUGUAUGCCAGCAGACGGUGUGGACCUUACUGCCAAACCUCAACUUCUGUCCCAGGAUGAGAUUCUUCACCUGGCCAAUCUGUUCGUCAGUUCUGGGGUCAAUAAAAUCAGAUUGACUGGGGGCGAGCCCACAAUUCGGAAAGACCUUGAAGAGAUAUGUUUAGGCUUGUCUAACCUGAAAGGACUAAAGAAGCUGGCCAUUACUACCAAUGGAAUUACUCUUGCGACGAAACUUCCUAAGCUUAAACAAUGUGGUUUGACAUCUUUGAACAUUAGUCUAGAUACACUAAUCCCAGCAAAGUUUGAAUUUCUGACCAGGCGCAAAGGGCAUCACAGGGUUCUAGAUUCUAUCAAUACUGCUAUAGAACUUGGUUAUGAUCCUGUUAAAGUGAAUUGCGUAGUGAUGCGGGGGUUCAAUGAUGACGAGAUUUGUGAUUUCGUAGAGCUUACACGUGAAAAACCAAUCAACAUUCGCUUCAUUGAGUUCAUGCCUUUUGAUGGAAAUGUUUGGAAUGUGAAAAAACUUGUACCAUAUGCAGAAAUGUACGAUAAAGUGGAGAGACAAUUUCCAAGUAUAAAGAGACUUCAAGAUCACCCAACAGAGACAGCCAAAAAUUUUACAAUAGAUGGACACAAGGGUGUAGUUUCGUUUAUCACAUCAAUGACUGAGCAUUUUUGUGCUGGUUGCAAUAGAUUGCGACUUUUAGCUGAUGGAAAUUUUAAAGUGUGCUUAUUUGGUCCCUCUGAGGUUAGCUUAAGAGAUCCCCUUCGAAGUGGUGCUAAUGACGAUGAACUUAGGGAAAUAAUUGAGGCAGCGGUGAAGAGGAAGAAAGCCUCACAUGCCGGAAUGUUUGACAUUGCCAAGACAGCAAAUAGGCCUAUGAUACAUAUUGGUGGCUGAACCUUGGCACCUUCCCAAUUUUUGAAGGUUAGUAAAAAUGACUGACGAACCUGAGGUGAUUGAUUCCAUCGUAGUCAACCCACCUAUAUUGUAUGACCACCAGUAGAGAACCCAGGUCUACCGUGCCUUCACCAACGUAGCACCUGCCGUAUUCAACAGAGAAAUCCAUUCUGAAGAAGUCUGGGCAUGGACUUACUCGCUGAACAUCAUCUUUGGUGACAUCGGUACACCCCCUAUGUUUAGGGUAAGAUUGACAAGUUUGUAUCUUAGAGGCACAACCGUUCUUUGGUACCAGGAGAGGCCAACCACUCCAUACUGGACUGCCUUCAGGAUAUCCAUUGAGAUGACCUUCGAAUCUCUGGGUAGGAUGUCAAGGUGGCAUAUGGACUUCCGCAAGCUCCUUGCUGCACAGAGCACUCAGGCCCAUGCUGUAGAGGCAGCACAACAACUAGCAGCAGCAAACCCGAUGGCAGUAGAGGCCCCAGUUGUAGCUGAGAACCCGCCAGUGGAGGAAGUGGCGAACAAGGACCUCGGUGACAGGGAACUUUUCUAUGAGGAGUCGAUGGGCCAGACCGAGGAAGAUCCCAUGGAUCAAUCUGACGAGGACUUCGAGCAGAGUUUCGGACAGAACCCUAGAAAAGAGCCUGAGGACACAUAUUCAUCCCUAAAAGCAGGUGGAGCAUAUCCCUAAAAGAAAGAAUCAGAGCUAGUUCUCAGGGAGCAUAUCCCUAGUUAGAUAACAACUUCUUAAUCACCUUUAUUGUGACGCUCCUAAGGUAGGGUACAUCUGCCACAUACUCGUAAUUUCAAAGUUUGCGAGUACGUUAAGCAUUUGAUCAAAUAAAUUAAAUAAAAUGUACUAAGAAAUACAGAAAAAUUUAAAACUUUUAUAUAAAUUUACUAAUAGAAAUUAUUACAAGUAUGCAUACUUUAAGUUUAACAUGUAGCAUUAUGAAAAACCCUAAAUUACUAUUGCAUUGCUACUGAGUCUGUGCUCCACAAGUUGCUCAACAUCUAAAGCCACACUUGGAAAAAUGUUGGAAAAUAACAUAAUGAGCUAACGCUCAGUAAGUAAAUCUCAUGCAUACACAUACACAUGAAUGUCAUGAGUUUGAAAUGCACAUAUACUAAUAUGCGGACUUAUAUACUUAUGCAUUUCAUUUAUUGCUUAUGCACUUUCAAACUUUACUUUCGUGCUUUUUCUCUUUUUACUUUCACAUUGUUAUGGGCCCGUUAUCUUAUAUGCACACUGUUCGAUUUAGCCAAUGCCUGCAGGGCUUAUUACACAUAUAAUAUAAAAUUCCAUGGGUUCUCCUCCGGCUAGCCAUCAUCGCAGCUGGGCUCAUCGUAUUACUCUUUUCAUCAUUGCCAUAACUGUCAUACUUAUUACACAUAUAAAUGGAGGAGAAAGACGGGAACAUGACAAACAUAUCUGAAUGGUCAACUCUGACCUAGCCCACACUAGUGGGCAGCCACUAUAAGUCUUAUAGACAUCCGUCUUCUUUACUGAACUUACUUAAUUGCUUCCUCGAAAUAGUGGCAUCAUUUUCAACAUCUUAUUAUCACAUUGCUUAAGCCUUGUUGUCAUAAAAAUAUUUAACUUUACAUAAUACUUUUCAAGGCAUUUCAAAAAAUUUGUCAUAUUUUUAUGCAUGGUCUUAUAUCACAUAAUAAUGUACCAUAUAACUGAACAUGCCAUGCAUACAUGCCGAUUCUGAAAUGCCAAUGUUCACGAUUCAUGUGUGAUGACAUUUAGUCAAGGCACUAUAUCACAUCUCAUACAAUUCAAAACAUCUUUGGUCAUAAUAUAAGAAGCUUUGGGUUGGUGGCGUUGUUAUACCUUAACGUAGAGCUAUGUCUCAGGUCUAAGGUUUCCAGCCUAAAAACUUAAAGGCUUCCUAUAUCAUAACAUGUAACAAAAUCAUGAACAUAGAAGGUAGUCCACAUAUUCAUCCAUAUGAAAACACAUACUUGCACAUAACUCAAAUCAAACUUAACCAAUUAAGACAACUUUCACAUAUCAUGAAAUUUAUCUAUUAUAUAUCGUAUAAUCCAUUAUAAUAUACAUACCACACAUAACUCAUAUAGUCAUUCAUCAUAUACUCAUCAUAUGCAUCGUCAUCUCAUACUUAAUACAGCGAACAUACACAAUCAAUGUAGUCAUGCAUAUGACACUUAAGCACAAAACGUGAAAUUUACUUACCUUAGGUCCUUAGCUUAUUUUAAAACUGCUCACCAAGAGUUAAUCAAUCCAAUUCAAGGUAUAUCAUUUAUUAAAUUCUAUAAAAAUCGUAAAUAUACACUAUUGAUGGUGUAUAUUAACAAUACCAGAAACCACAUAAGUGAUAAUAAUAAUUAUUAUCAUUAUAAUGCUAAUAUAAUCACAGACAUAUAGUAUAAUUAUAGAAAAUAUUAAGUAUAUCAAGAAUAUAUAAAUAUAUACUAUAAAUACAUACAAUAAAAAUUAUUCUAAUCAAUCACAAUAUAAGUCAAAGAAAUUAUACCACAAUGAUCGGGUUCCACAACAAGUCAAAUGAUGAUUUUCUGAAACUCAAAACGAACUCCGAAACCUCGAACAUUAAGUUUCGACCGUCGAUCUACGGUGGAUCGCGGUGGGCCCACCACCCAACUAUAGUAGAUGUAGAAACAAUUUAUUGGGUUUUGAAGCCCACAACACGAGGAACACGAUGGUGGUGAUAGAUUGGCAAACGGAUGCCUGAGGUGGCCGAAUCGCAACUUUGAAGUCACGCGGUGGCCGAACUUAAAUCGACCAGUUGAGGUGUUUAAUCGGCGAGUGCCAUCGAAAUUCCUGUGUGGUCGAUAGUUCGGAGGCCUAUGAAUCCAACGGUCCGGCACGUGGCUAUAUGUGGUGACCACCGGUGGAUCUUCGGUGGUUAGGCAGACGUAUGCACGCGAGAGAAAAUAAGAGAGAGAAAGGGAAAGAAAAAGAAAGAGAAAGAAAUGAAGAAAUUAUGAGGAGAGAGAGAGGAGCAAUGGGAAAUUAAGGCUGAGACUUUUUCCCUUUUUUUCAAAAUUACAUUGGGACCACAAAAUAUUAAAAUUAUUUUCAAAUAAGCCCUUUAGCAAACUUUCUUAAUUUUAUAAAAAUCUCCAAUUAAAAUUAUAAGACAUUUGGGUCCAAUACUUGACUACUCAAGUUUCUCUCUCUCUUUAAUCUCAUUAAUAACAUAAAAUCAUGUUUUAAAUACUAUCUUUCCAUUACUAUUUCUUAAAUUUGUAAACUUGUACAUUUUAUGUAUUGAAAUUCUAAUUUAUAACAAAAAAAAUGUAUUAUGAAAGUGUUGGGUGUUACAAUCCUUCCCCCGUUAAAAUAAUUUCGUUCUCAAAAUUUCAAAAUAAAUUGGAUAGUCAGAGAAGAAAAACUAUGAUUUCUAAUAAGCAGAACAACAUCAUACUGCACAAGGUUUUAUAUACAACACUUACUUUCACCCCAGAAAACGAAACUUAUUAUUGGCUUGUAAUCCUUAUCAUACAUAAAAAGACAAGAAUGUAUAAACACCUCACAUUUGAAUUAUAAUAUGGAAAGAAAGGAAAAGAGCUAUAACAAGAGUAUAAAUUACAAUGAAUGUAUACGGAAAUACAAAGGAAUCCUCAUCAUCUAUACUUUUGUACACAAACCACACAACGUAAGAAGAGAAAACGAAAAUCAUCAUGAAAACAUCCAUGACAUUCAUCUUUUACAGUCAAUUUUAAAGCAGAUGCAAUUGACUUGUUAUACCUUGAUGAUAGAGGCUAAAUUGAGCAACAAGUUUGUUCAAUAAAGAUUUUAUCAUCAUAAAAAAAAAUGGAAAACUAGAAAACAAUUAUAUAGCCGAUGGAGAUUAUUCUUUAAAACCAAGUCUCUGUGAAACCCUUCUGUUGUCAAAACUGAAUUCUUGCCCUGAAUGAGAAAUAGUGAGAUAGGCCAUUCAUUAGGUACCGGUUCAGAAAAGCCUGACUCUCAUUCUUUCUCUAAGAAAACAUUUAAAAAUCAAAAUUGUUUCCAAAUGAAUAAAAAUAAUAAAGGGCGUAUUGAUACUAUGCUAGAAUGCAAAUAACCGUAGCCACUAGGAAAUUCACAUACUUAACUUAGUAUCCCAUCAUUGAAUAAAACAUGGGAAAAGUCUUGACUGACUAAUCCACCACUUCAUCUACUAAAACAAAUAAUUCACACAUGUCUAAUAAGAUAGGCAUGUCUCAUUUCAACACCUAUACCAAUAAUACUUAGUCAUCACUUCACACAAGUAAUACAUUAACUUACUUUCGGGAUAAUGCAACUAAUAUACUAUAAUUUAACCGCUGAAAGUAAUUCACACUACAGAGUAAUUCAGUAAUUAACAUUUAUCACCUCGAUUCAAUAAACAAUUCACAAACCGUUUCUAUGUUCAAAUCAGGAUCGCAAAAUCAAUAGAAGUGAUUCCUUUGUCGACAACAUUUAAUAAGUUUGACUUUCAUCAUCAGAGAGGGUAGUGUAACACAUAUCAAACAAGAUAAAAUUUGUGAUAUCUAUCUAGAAAACAACCUGAUUCAAGGAUCCAAUGACCCAAUAGUUUAACACAUGUUUCUAUAAAUAAAAUUCAUCACAUACACACUAGAACACAAUCAAUCUCAAGCUUUUUAAAACCAAAUCAUUCUUACUUCCUUCCAUUUCCCAAGCUAAGCAAUACAUGGCAUCCUCAUCAUCUCAGAUGAACUUAGACCUAACCUUAGCUUUACUUGAGCUAAAUCUACUCACUUUCGAACCUUCGCCAAAAAUUUCUGAACCCCUACCACAGCCAAUGGUGUAUCCUACUAUAAACAUCCCAGAACAAAAGACUCAAUUUUCCAAAGUUUGGCUUCCCAAAUUUUACUCUGAUACUGGCCUUGUCACAGUAGAGGAUUCAAUUAUGCUCAAUAAGAAGGUGGUCGUUAGUAUAGGUCAAAGCAUACUCACCCCUAAAGACCAAACAAUUUUAUCUCAUAGGUCAGAGCUACAAGCUGUAAAAGAUUCCUAAGUCUUUACCAUUCAGGUUGCAGCAUCGGUCUCAAACCUAGGCCAACGGGUUUUUGCAAGAGCACAAGAGGUUGACCACUUGAAAAAGUACGUAGAAAUGUAUAAACAAGAGUUGCUAACCAUUAGAAAGGUCAACAAGAGAAUGACUCGAGAGGACGAGAAGUUGGUUAAGGAAAAUGAGUCUUUAACUAAACUUGUGGCUAACUACUCGACCGAUAUAAAGGAAAAAUGUCAGACUCUUCAAACCACUGGGAAGAGCCUUAUAGUUGAAGAACGAAAGUUGAUCAACGAGGUAGAACGUGUCCAAAACCUCAAUCUUUAAUGUGACUCCCAAAAUUUUAAAUGUAUUAUGUACUUUUAUAUAUAUAUAUAUAUAUUACUGUUUUCUAAUUCCACAUUGUGCGUGCUCUCAGUGACAACUUAAAACUCUACUCUCCAAAACAUUAACUUGACAUAUUAACCCUUUAACAUACUAACUGAACUGAUAGGUUACUUUCAAAGCUUGAGAAUAUCAAAUAACAACCCAAACAUCGACAUCGAUAAAUCAUCAAUUAUUUAUCACAUCAAUAAUAAAGGCAUGCAUUCAGAUAAAUAACAAAUUUCAGUUUCUCUACCAAGUAUGGGAAUAAUCAUUUAAUCCAAACUCAUACUUAUAUCAUGGAAACUCAAACACACAAUGAGUUUCUAAUACAAUUAUACAACAUCAUUAACAUACAUUAACUAAAAUAUUGAUAGAUUAUACCAACCAUUCAUGUGUGGCUUGUCUUGUGGCAGAACUCAGUAGCAUUUCGGAUCCCAAAAUUUAAUAACAUAACGAGUAUACGACAUCUACAAACUCAAGGCUCUGAUACCAUCUGUGACGCCCCUAGGAUUGGGGUUCUGGACACGUUCUAUAUUUUUUUAAAUGUAAAUCACAAGGUUGUACCCUACCUUAGGGGCGUCAUAUUGUGGCUAAAUUACGAGUAUGUGAGUUUGUAGAUGUCGUAUAUAUAAGUCAGCGUAUUAGUAUAUGUGCAUUUCAAACUCACAACAUUCAUGUGUAUGUGUAUGCAUGAGAUUUACUUACUGAGCGUUAGCUCAUUAUGUUAUUUUCCAACAUUUUUCCAAGUGUGGCUUUAGAUGUUGAGCAACUUGUGGAGCACGGACUCAGUAGUAAUGCAAUAGUGGUUUAGGGUUUUUCAUAUUGCUACAUUUUAAACUUAAAGUAUGCAUACGUGUAAUAAUUUCUAUUAAUAAAUUUAUAUAGAAGUUUUAAAUUUUUCGGUAUUUCUUAGUAUCAUUUUAUUUAAUUUAUUUGAUCAAGGGCAUAAUAUACUCGUAAACCUUGAAAUUACGAGUAUGUGGUAGACGUACCUUACCUUAGGGGCAUCCCAGAUGGUAUCAGAGCCUUGAGUUUGUAGAUGUCGUAUACUCAUUAUGUUAUUAAAUUUUGGGAUCCGAAAUGCUACUGAGUUCCGCCACUAGACAAGCCACACAUGAAUGGUUAGUAUAAUCUAUCAAUAUUUUAGUUAAUGUAUGUUAAUGAUGUUGUAUAAUUGUAUUAGAAACUCAUUGUGUGAUUUAGUUUCCAUGAUAUAAGUAUGAGUUUGGAUUAAAUGAUUA